GGGGCGUUGUGCAGCUGGUCGUCAUACACUGGACCGAUUUGUAAACAACAGCCACGUUACGUUUUGAACAUGAAAUUAUUCUCUUCCAUAGUUUAAUGUGUAGAAAUGGCUUAGUUUGUCGAUUUCUAAUUUGUUCGGAUGUUGCUGGGAAAAUCAUCCUCGACAGUUGCUAAGAUGCUAAGCUAGCUACUUUUCGUUGUUAUUACGGCACUACUUGGGAAAUUAAAUGACAAGGAAGCCAAUCCAAUAUGAGUUUAAAUUGAUUUACAGUCUUGUGUGCACACGCCUAUUGUCGCAGCAUGAUCUCACAGGUCUUCGUCUUGUCCUCCAAAGGGGACCGACUCAUCUACAAAGACUUCCGAGGAGACGCAGGAAAUGACGCCGCCAAUGUUUUUUAUGAGAAAGUGACAGCGCUGACUGGAGACCAGCCUCCAGUUGUUAUGAGACACAAACAAGUCCACUAUGUCCACGUCCGGCAGGGAGGACUCUACUUGGUUGCCAUGACAACAGCCGACUCCUCCCCCUUCGCUGUCAUUGAGUUCCUGAACAGGUUCGGUGCUCUGGUCAAAGAUUACUGCGGAGGGCUGUCUGAGAAGUCGGUGCAGAUGAACUUUGCACUCAUCUACGAACUUCUAGACGAGAUGGUGGAUUACGGUUACGUCCAGUCGACGUCAUCUGACGUCCUGAAGAACUUCAUCCAGACGGAGGCAGUCUCUCCGCGACCCUUCAGCCUCUUUGACCUCGGCAACGUGGGACUGUUUGGAGCCGACACCCAGCAGAGCAAAGUGGCGCCAAGUUCUGCUGCCACAAGACCAAUCCAGGGAGGAAAGAGCGAGAUAUUUGUGGACGUCAUUGAGAGGAUGGCGGUGGUGAUCGGUACCAAUGGCGUGCUGAUGAAGGCGGACGUGCAGGGCGAGGUCAAGGUCAAAUGCUUCCUGCCCAGUUGCUCUGAGAUCCGCAUCGGCCUAAACGAGGACUUGAGUGUCGGCGCGUCGCAGUUCAGAGGUUACGGUACGGCGGUCCGAGUUGAUGAAUGCAGCUUCCAUCAGGCGGUCCGACUUGAGGAGUUUGACAGUCACCGGAUACUCCGACUGAGCCCGAGCCAGGGAGAGCAAAGCGUCAUGCAGUACCAGUUGGCUGACCAUCUUCCCUCCGCCCCGCCCUUCCGCCUUUUUCCCACCAUCGAGAAGGACAGCGGUGGCAGGCUGCUGAUGUACUUGAAGCUACGCUGCGACCUGCCGCCUAAAAGUGCCGCCGUUAACGUCAGCGCCACUGUACGGGUACCCAAAGGCUGCGUCAGUUUGUCACAGGAGCUCAGCAGUCCGGACCAGAACGCCGAGCUGAGGCCACAGAGCCGAGCUGUGUUCUGGAAGAUUCCGCGCUUCGCGGGAGGAACGCAGCUUUCGGCCCUGUUCAAGCUGGAAGUUCCCGCCCUAAGCUCCGCCUCCAUGAUGGAGGUCGGCCCUGUGGGUCUGAGCUUUGAGCUGCCCAAGGUCACCGCCACCGGCCUUCACAUCCGCUUCCUGCGCCUGUCACCCGUCCAGCCAGGCCCCGCCCAGCGCUGGGUCCGAUACGUCACGCACUCGGACUCCUACACCAUCCGCAUUUAAGUCCAGGUCCCUGCGCAUCCUCCACAGC